AUGAGCACUGCAAAGAAAGAACAAACCACUACCCCAACAACGGAAGAUUUCCUACCAUGGGACCAAAUUUACACCAUCCAAAUUGGCCAACAAUCCUUCAAACUAAACGGAUCCUCACUGAAUUCAGAUGGUCCCAAUUUCUUCACCAGAUAUUUCCAAACACACACCAUGGUUGAAAAUAACUCAUUAUUCAUAGACAGAGACCCAGAAAUCUUCCACACCAUAACGAAACAUCUUCAAGGUUAUUUCAUCGACAUAAAAGAUGAGUACGAAUACACCAUGUUAUUUACUGACUCCAUCUAUUAUGGAUUCCCACGUUUGAGACAACUAUUUAAGGAUUCAGAAUAUUAUUUCGCUAAUGUCGGAGGGAAAUCAUUCAAGAUCCCUAAAUCAUUGUUCAGAAGGGAAGGGGAUUCAUUGAAUUAUUUCCAAAUCAUUUUGAAUUCAUUCUAUAAGGAGGUUGAACAACGGAUCGUGGAGAAGAAUCUCGUGAAGACUCCAUUGCCUCCUUCGUAUGUUCCUAGAUCUGCUGAAUUUUUCCAGGAUUUGUUGACGUUAUUGAGUGGGACUUCAUUGGAAUUGUCAGAUGAGAAAAGAGAGUCGUUGGCGGAGGAAUGUCGGUACUAUAGGUUCUUGAAUUUGGAACAAAAAUUGACAAAGUCGAGUAUUAUUUAUAAUCCGUUGUCUACUUUGGAGGAGAUUGUCAUCCCUUUGAAAGAUUUGAAAAGGAGAGGAUUGAGGUUUCAUUCUAAUUCAAACUCUUCUAAUCAACAUACUUCAUCAUCUUCUUUGAAUCGAUGUUUAGAUACCGUGGGGAAUAGAGCUAAUUGUAAUGGCGGUAUUAAGAGCAAACCAUCAUCUACAGAUGUAAGUAGUAACUCAAGUGCUAGUAGUAGUAGUAGUAGUAGUAGUUGUAGUAAUAAUUCAUCUGAUAACGAAAGAGAAGAACCUGCAUCUAAGAAAUUAAAGAAAGAAAAUAUGGGAGGUGUACAGGAAAAUUGUACUACCAAGAAACAUAGUAACAAAAACAAGGCAUGGUCGAUUGUUACUUAUAAGAAACCAUACGUGGAUAAAUAUUCCCGUGAUUUAAUUUUCCAAAUCGAUUCCACUGAAUGUAUGUUAAUGUUCAAUAAGAAAAACAAGAUGAUCCACGUGGAUUUAAUUGGUAGAAACUUCGAAACAUUUGAAUCGAUUUUCACUUCACCCCUUUUCCAAAAUUCAAAUGAAGAAAUUGACCUUUCCAAAUUCAAAAUCCAAUUACCAUCUUCAGAUACUACUACUUCCAAGUCUUCAAAAGAAAAUCCAAGUGUGAGGCAAACCCAAUCAAACAAUGGUACUUUAAACUCGGCCGCAUCCCAUUUAAUACUUCCUGCAUGUAUUUCAAUUUGUGAUUUAUACGUUAACGGAGUCAAAUGUCCAAAUAUUUGCUCUUUAAUUAAUGACACAAAGUAUAAUGAAAAUAUUAUACAUCGUGAGAAAGAUGACUCAAUCACCUACGCCCCUGGUAUUAAUUUAUAUUUGACUAAAUCAUUAUGGAAAUUAGGUGUUAAAGAUGGCAAAAUUAUGUUAAUCGCAAUUAAGGCAGAAGCUUUUAGCGGUAUUAAAGAAUACAAUAAGUUAAUUCAAUUCAUAUAG